GCAAACCGAUGAUUCUCCUAAGUCUUCGCAUUUCACAUUUUGAAAUUCUUCUUUUCUUUUUCCUUUCUCCAAAGCCAAAAUCAAAACCGUCAUAACAACCAUCAUGGAUAAAAAUCUCGCUGAAAAUUCCGAUACUCUCCCUCACACCGACGCAACACCAAUGCCGGAUCCCAAUCUCACCGACGAAACCAACGGAGAACAACCACCGCCACCUCCGUCGGAGGAAAAUCCACCCGGGGAAGAGAAGAAAGAAGAAAAUGUAGAAACCACGGAAUCCGCAGAUGCCUCUGCGGAUUCCGUGGAGUCUCCUCCUCCUAGCUUUGAGAAAAUAUCAGAAGAAGUCGAUGAAUUUCUUGUGAGUUUGCAUGAGAAAGAUGAGAUUCCUGAUUACGUAGGAAAGUUCUUGGAUCUGGUGGAGGAGAAUUUGGCGAAAUGUGAAUCCGGUAAAGCAAAAUGGGAAGAGAUUCUGGAGAAAGAUACAUGGUUAUUGGAAUCUGUGAAUCGGAUUUCGAAGCUUAAGAAGAUUCUGACUCGUCAUGAUGAAAACGAAACCGUAGAAGAGAAGGAUGAGAAACGAGACUCAACAAGGAACCGCAUUGGUGUAAUUCAACAGAAAGCGAUGUCGUUUUUGGAAGAAGAUUUCCGUGUGUUAAUGGAAGAUUCUAGAAUGCCAAUGGAAUUGAACACCGAUGGACAAACAGUUGAUUCAAAAGGAAAACAUGUGGCAUCAGAGGAAGGUGGUGAUUCUGAUCAUCAACCGGACGAAUCCGAGACGAAUUUCCCGGGUUAUACAGAUGAGGUGAUUGCUUGUAUGAGCAAGAUCGCGUGCGAGAUGUUAACCGGAGGAUACGAAUCGGAGUGUUGCCAGGUGUAUAUCGUGGCGAGAAGGGCCGCGUUUGAGGAGAUUCAACAGAAACUAGGGCUGGAAAGAAUCAGCAUUGAUGAUAUGGUUCAGAAGGUGCAAUGGGAGAUUCUAGCAAGAGACAUGAUUCCGGCGUGGACUAACACGAUCCGUAAAUGCACAACCGUGUAUUUCCCCGGCGAGAGGAAACUAGCCGAGGCGGUAUUCUCAAGUAAUCAAUCGGUUGCGGCUGGUCUAUUUGGUAGCCUCUCCCGCGGAGUUGUGAUUCCGCUUCUCAACUUCGCGGAAGGGGCUGCCAUGACUAAGCGUGCAGGAGAGAAGCUAUUCAAGUUGCUUGACAUGUACGAAACGCUUAGAGAUGUUAUACCGAAGUUGGACGGACUCUUUCCUGAAGAGUCCUCCGAGGAGUUGAAGACAGAGAUAACCCUCGCCAAAACACGUCUUGGCGAGGCAGCUAUCGCUAUCUUCUGCGACUUAGAAAACUCAAUCAAGUCAGAACCCGCGAAAAACCCAGUCCCGGGUGGCGCGGUUCACCCUCUCACGCGCUAUAUAAUGAAUUACCUCAUCAUAGCUGGUGAUUACAAAGAAACCUUAGAACAGGUUUUCCGGGAUCAUUCAAAGAUCGAAAGCAUAGAUUCAAGUAGUAGAUUCGAUGACAAUGAAAACGACGUUGUUCCAGAAGAAGCAUCGUCGCCAUUUUCAGCACAGCUAAUGAGAGUCAUGGACUUACUAGAUGCAAGCCUAGAAGGGAAAGCGAAACUGUACCGCGACGUAGCAUUAAGCAACUUCUUCAUGAUGAACAAUGGUAGAUACACUUUACAAAAGAUCAAAAGUUCAACUGAAAUGAGCCAAGUGAUGGGCAACACAUGGUGUAGAAAGAAAUCCUCUGAGUUAAGAAACUAUCACAAGACAUAUCAGAGAGAAACAUGGAACAAAGUUUUAACAUGUCUGAGUCAAGAAGGGCUAACUGUGAAUGGGAAGGUACAGAAGCCAGUGCUGAAAGAGAGGUUCAAAAGCUUCAAUACAUUGUUUGAUGAGAUUCAUAGGACACAAAGCUUAUGGGUUGUGAGGGAUGAGCAGCUUCAAUCAGAGCUUCGGGUAUCGAUAUCCGCGGUCGUGAUUCCGGCGUACAGGGCAUUCUUUGGGAGGUUUUCACAGAAUUUAGAUUCUGGGAGACAGUCAGAGAAGUAUAUAAAGUACCAACCUGAGGAUAUAGAGACUUACAUUGAUGAUUUGUUUGAUGGAAAGCCUCCUCAAUCUAAUGCUAGAAGGAAAACAUAAACAUAAUU